AUGUUAUUUCUGUGUGAUUUGUAGGUUAAUAAUGCAGGAAUGGCGCGCCUGCAAACCGGAGAUACCUCAGAUAAAGAGUAUGAUGAAAUGUUUGACACCAAUGUUAAGGCACAAUUCAUGCUAACAAAAGCCGCUAUGGAAUAUCUAAAACAAACAAAAGAAAAUAUUGUAUUUGUUUCAAGUAUUUGUGGCGGUAGACCGAUGGGAGAGCUGUCUGUAUAUUGUAUGAGUAAAGCGGCUAUUGAUAUGUUUACCCAAUGUCUUGCUUUAGAAUUGGCUCCAUUUGGUGUAAGAGUAAACGCAAUUAAUCCAGGUACAAUAGUUUCAAAGAUAGCUAGACGUGGAGAAAGAGGAUAUCAUUCUGAUAAAGACUAUUCAAAAUUUUUAGUAGCACAAACAGCAACACAUCCACUUGGAAGAGUAGGCGUGCCACAGGAUGUGGCAUCAGCAAUUUCUUUCUUAGCUUCCGACGAAGCAUCAUUUAUUUCUGGUCAGAUUUUAUAUGUCGAUGGUGCACGACAUUGCAUAUCCGCUGGAGUAACAACAAGUGUUAAAUGAUACAUGUAAUUGUGUAUUUUAUGGAAUAAUUUAUACCAUUAAAACUGA